AUGUCUGGCGACUUCCUGCUUGUGGGCGCUGGUUACUGUGCCUUGGGUUAUUUGUUGUACAAAGUAGGUUUGGCAGUGUAUAACAUCCUUUGGCCAUAUAUCAUUGCACCACCGAUUGAUUUGCAUGCUGCAGCUGGAGCUAACUGGGCAGGUAAGGAAACCAGACUUCCAUUGCUAACGGCAGUUUCACAUUCUUUGUAUUUGUUAAAAGUUUACGCGAAGAAAGGUUAAGC